CAAUAGUCAUUGAGAAGCUAUAUGAGGCUUAAUCUUGGCGACGGCCUGCUAUUGGUCACCUCGUUCAGGGCAUUCAGCUUUGGAUCAAUGUUUUGUCAGCUUACCAGCGCUGAAAAUUUCCAUGCCAAUUAUUAAAGCUGUCAUGGUCUUGGCUCUGGAGGUUGGGAACCUAUAGGGUCUCCUCUAGCUUUCAAUGCCGCUUUAUAAGCUCCUCUACAGCAAAGCUUCAUGGCCCGAAAGUGGACAUUCUUCGGAUAUCGGUCCUGCUCUUGAAUGGUUCGACAGCGAAGCUAUUCACACCAUAUUGGGCUGAUUAGGCUGCGUGUGAAUGACUCGUGACACGAUACUCCUAUGGCUGGUCGUGAUAUGGAGUGCCACCGCCCUAAACUGGACAUGGAAUCGAUGGAAAUAGAGCCAUUCGGGCGAGGGCAAUAGCGACGGUUGAGCGAGAGUGAACACGCUAUUCCCGCUCUGUUGCGCCCAAGAACUACUAUAUAUAGUAGAGAAGCCUCCUCUUGAAGUCAAGAUUUUGGAUACAGAAAUCACACACAACUUCCUCCAUCUUCCAGACUAUCAAACAUCUUCAACCCUUUCUUCCAAAGAAAUCAGUCAACAUGCAGUUCAACCUCUUGUUCCUCGCCCCCUUGGCAUCUCUGCUCCAGAUCGCCACUGGUAUGCCCACCGACACUGUCUACGAGAUCAAGAAGCUCCCCACUGUGCCGUUCAACGAGACUCGAUACUAUGCCGAGCUCCAGGCCAGCAAGAACGGAGAUGCGAUCUCAAAGCGUGACAGCUGCGCCUCUGGUUACCCGUACAACCAGGGUGACAUGGACGCCCUUAUCUCGAGCUUGCAGAACGAUGGGAAGACCGAUUACAUGCCGGCUGGGAGUGCCGCGGGUUGGUCUCUUGGUACCGCUGUGGUUUGCACGUACAACCAAUACGUCUUUGAAAACACCCACGUUUCUCAUUGGGAGAUGGGAUGGGGUGCCGGCUACGUAAAGGGCCAGUGUUGCCCGAGCGAGAGUAGCAACCCGCAGUGCUCUGGCGGCUCCUGCACGGGACACGGAGACAGUGGUCUCUCGGUUAUCAUAUCUACCCAUAACAGUGCCUCUACUUGUUAAUCGGGCUCAACACGAUUUCCGGUUGCCGGGUAUCACUCGGGGCUACGGAGAGAAUGGAUUAUCGGAGCCAGCUUCGUGAUCUGAGGAUAAAAUGUUUAUAACAAGUCGGGGGGCUCAAGGAUAGUUGAAUAUAGACACUUGUAACCGCGCUGGCUAUUUUAUCGUUGUAGGAGUGGUAUAGGAAUAUUUGAAUGUCGAGGAAAUAAAGUUCAAGUUCCGCUUAGUCAGUAGCCCCUUUUCACCCCUUUCCAACAAACAAUCAAAAAUAUUUCUUUCUUGUCAUUAGAAGCGAAGGCACAACGAAGGAUCUCGCUCAAAUUUUGAAGUCUUACUCUAUUCAGCUACUCAUGUCAAAAAG